AUGGAGAUUCCUCAUCGCCCUACUGGACAAAGGCCUGAAACAGCUCCUCCGCCUGAUCCAAAUGCUAAUGCUUUUGCACAGCAAGGGUAUGGAUUUGUGGGGGGCUUUGGCCCCUUUGGGGGUUUUGCACCUGUGGCUACCGCUAGAUUUGGGAACUUUACAUUGUCCACAGCACUUGGCGGCUUGUUUCCAUCAUUCUUUAACAUUCAAGUGCAUGGAUUUCCCGAUGCUAACAUGUAUGGACCAGGUCCUGGUUUUCACUAUGGGUAUUCGAACGCAUUUCAUGGUGGACCUGCUCAUGGAUUUCCUCAGCGUGGAAAUCAGCAACAGCAGGCGGAUUCUACCCUGAAGUUCCUCCUGCUGAUAAUUGAAACAGAGUUUGCAUGGGUAUCUAGUGCUGAGGGAACAGAACAUCUAAGAACAGCUGUCCAAUGCUUUGCAGUUUACUUGGUCCGGUUCUUCGGAGAUGUGUUCUCUGCCGGGAAUUUCUACGGCAUAAGCUGA